AUGGCUGAGAAAGCGACUAUGUAUUCAUUAGGGGAUUGGAGGAGAAUACCAAUCUGCUCUUUCUUCAAGGAUGCUAGGCUGGUUUUUAAAGCAGACAGUCUUGGUCGGGAAAUUUUGUCAAUUGCAUUGCCUGCAGCAAUGGCUUUGACAGCUGAUCCUAUUGCUUCACUGAUUGACACAGCAUUUAUUGGCCAAAUAGGUCCAGUAGAGCUUGCUGCUGUAGGAGUUUCAAUAGCUCUCUUCAAUCAAGUAUCAAGGAUUGCAAUAUUCCCACUUGUCAGUGUCACAACCUCUUUUGUGGCCGAGGAAGAUACCCUUAGUGGAGCAGGCCCUCAAAUAGAGGAGGGUAAAUGUUUAGAAGCAUCUCGACCUAUGGAUGCUGAAACCAAAGAGCUAUUACCACAGAAAGGUGGAAAUGUUCAAAGAACAGAUUUUGUUGGUGAAAGUUUUAAUAUAGUUAAAGUGGAACAUAAGAGAAGGCAUAUCCCUUCGGCUUCAUCGGCAUUAUUUAUUGGUGGUGUCCUUGGCCUCAUCCAGGCAAUAUUUCUUAUAUCUGCAGCAAAACCUUUAUUAAACUUCAUGGGAGUAACUUCUAACUCUCCUAUGCUACACCCGGCACACCAGUAUCUGACUUUGAGGUCUCUCGGUGCUCCUGCCGUUCUUCUUUCCUUAGCAAUGCAAGGAAUCUUCCGAGGAUUUAAAGACACAAAAACACCUUUAUAUGCUACUGUGGCAGGAGAUGUAACUAACAUAGCUUUGGAUCCUAUAUUCAUGUUCGUAUUUCGCUUAGGUGUCAGUGGUGCAGCCAUUGCCCACGUUAUAUCUCAGUACCUAAUUUCAGCUAUACUCAUGUGGAGAUUGUUGGAACAAGUUGACAUUAUUCCUCCGAGCAUAAAGCAUCUGCAAUUAGACCGUUUUCUUAAAAAUGGUUUUUUAUUAUUAAUGAGAGUCAUCGCUGUAACAUUCUGUGUGACACUGGCUGCAUCAUUAGCUGCAAGACAAGGAUCAACAUCCAUGGCUGCAUUUCAAGUCUGUCUGCAGGUUUGGUUGGCAGUGUCUCUUCUUGCCGAUGGUCUGGCCGUUGCUGGGCAGGCAAUUCUUGCAGGUGCAUUUGCUAACAAGGACUUUGACAGGGCAUCAGCAACCGCAGCCCGAGUUCUGCAGAUGGGUUUGGUUCUAGGAUUGGGCCUUGCAUUUAUUCUUGGAACUGGAUUGCACUUUGGUGCUAAAAUAUUUACAAAAGAUGCUAAUGUCCUCCACCUCAUUCAAAUUGGGAUUCCGUUUGUGGCAGUCACUCAACCCUUGAAUUCUUUAGCAUUUGUAUUUGAUGGUGUCAACUUUGGAGCGUCCGAUUUUGCAUAUUCAGCCUUUUCCAUGGUUGUGGUGGCAAUUCUAAGCAUCAUUUGUCUGCUUAUUUUGUCAUCCGCUGGUGGUUUCAUUGGAAUUUGGGUUGCUCUGACCAUCUAUAUGGGUCUUAGGGCAUUUGCCGGCUUCUUGAGGAUUGGAACAGGAUCAGGACCUUGGGAGUUCCUAAGGAGCUCAUAA